AUGUUUCAGAAGAAUUUAGGCAUCAAAGACUACUUCCGCAUACAAAAAUUCACUUUUCAACGCUUAGGCAUAGAUCUUACAAUCAAAAAUGGACGAGUCAUGCAACCAUAUUUCUUGGCUUUUAUUAUUUUUACGCUGGCUAUGAUCCUGCUACCGAUGGUGGUUUACAGCAGGCGGCAUUUGCAAGAAAUUGCCGAGGUGACCAAUGCAAUGACGCCAUUUAUGCAGGCCACGAUAACGCUUUGGAAGAUUUGGCGUGUCAUUUCGAGGCGAGAGGAAAUGGCACAACUAGUCGAAAGCAUUUAUGUGGUUUCGGCAAGAGCCAACAUGAGCGAAUUAAAUUACUUAAUACAGGAAAAUAAUCGCGAACGACUUAUGAAUAAAGCCUACUAUUGCUCGGUAUUGGUUACUGGAAUUUUAUCGCUGGCCGCACCUGUUUUGGUUAGCUUCUUACAAUACUUGCUACUUGGCGAAUUCGGCUAUAUUGUGGCGCUAAAAGGCGCCUACCCUAUUGACUUUGCACGACCGCUAAACUACUUCUUUAUCUGGCUUUGGUCGGCGAUUGCCAUCUAUGGUGUAAUUUAUGGUUCCGUAUCAGUUGAUAGCAUCUUUUCUUGGUACAUACACAAUAUAGUGGCAAAUUUUAAGAUACUACAAUCCAAAUUGGAAUCAGCAGAAAAGCUGCCUGACUUCGUGGAGCGUCGUGCAUCGAUUUACUACUGCAUUGCCUAUCAUCAGCGCGUCAUAGCAAUGGCCGAACAGUUGGAUUUCAUUUAUCGUCCCAUAGUUUUUGUACAAUUUUCACUUAAUGCUUUGCAGUUAUGUUUCUUGGCCUAUCAGAUUGGUAGUGGCGUUGUGUCAAAGGUGGAUUUGCCAUUUUUAUUUUUAUUCAUGAUUUCAGUAGGCAUACAGCUUAUGAUUUACUGCUAUGGAGGUCAGCGUUUGCAGAAUGAGAGCGAAAAUGUGUACAAAUCCAUCUAUAAAACUAUAAAUUCGCCUGCUUGGACGCUGGAGUUGCGCAAAGUACUCUUAAUCUCAAUGACGCGCGCACAGAAGUCCUGCAAAUUGACGGGUAUAUUCUUUGAUGUGGAUUUGCCUUUGUUUUUAUGGUUUUGGCGCACCGCUGGUUCGUAUGUAACGCUUCUACGCAGUGUGGAUCAACAAAAUAUGUAA